CUAUCAUCCACCGCAUGGGGUCUAUCACCUGCCACAGGAUUCGAUGCUGGAUGAUAAUGGCCUCUGUCACGAGCGCACGUUGGUCGCCGUCGGGGCGCUGGACGAGGAUGCGAUGGAGCUGGAUGUGACGGGUGGCACUUUCAUUGGGUCCGACCCCGAGCUGUCACACCUGGCGCGGGACGACCCCACGUACGCCGGCCCGGGUGGCCCAGGGAACGGAGCCGACGAGCACGAGAUUGACAUCAAGGACAUUAUCCGCGAGGGGCACGAGAAGGCGGACCCGUCACAGUUCGAGCUGCUGAAGGUGCUGGGCGAGGGUUCGUUCGGGAAGGUGUUUCUGGUGCGAAAGAUUGUCGGCAUCGACGCUGGCACCCUGUACGCCAUGAAGGUACUGAAGAAGGCGACCCUCAAGGUGAAAGAUCGCGUGAGGAGCACGAACGAGCGGAACAUUCUGGCGGACGUUGGCCACGCGUUUAUCGUUAAGCUUCACUAUGCCUUCCAGACGCCCGGCAAACUGUACCUCAUACUGGACUUUUUGCGCGGCGGCGAUCUCUUUACGCGGCUCAGCAAGGAGGUGAUGUUCACCGAGGAGGACGUCAAGUUUUAUCUGGCCGAGCUGGCCCUCGCGCUCAACCACCUGCACGGGCUGGGCAUCAUCUACCGGGACCUGAAGCCCGAGAACAUUCUUCUGGACCAGGACGGUCACAUAGCUUUAACGGACUUUGGCCUAUCGAAACAACCGCUGGAUGGUUCGAAAACGUACAGUUUUUGUGGCACGGUCGAAUACAUGGCACCGGAGGUCGUUAAUCGGAAGGGGCACACGUUUGCCGCGGACUGGUGGUCGUUCGGUGUGCUAAUGUUCGAAAUGCUGACGGGCAAUCUUCCAUUCCACGGUAGCAACCGGAACGAUACGAUGAACCAGAUCCUCAAGACGAAGCUGGGGAUGCCGGAGAACCUGAGCCCGGAGGCGCAAAGUUUGCUGCGGGCACUGUUCAAACGUAAUCCCCAGAACCGGCUCGGUGCCGGCCCGAACGGUAUCGAUGACAUCAAGCGGCACGAGUUCUUCGCCAACGUCGACUGGGUGGCGUUCGAGCGGAAGGAGGUGCGGCCACCGUUCAUUCCGGCCGUGUCCCGCGACGAUGCGUUCUAUUUCGACUCCGAGUACACGAACAAAUCGCCCAAGGACUCGCCCGGUGGACCGGUCAGUGCCAGCGCGCACGAGAUUUUCCGCGGUUUCAGCUUCAUCGCGCCGGGUCUGCUAGACGAGCAGCCCAACUUUGCGAACGGUAGCAACAUGAUCAUGCAGCAGCAACCCGCAUCACGGUCACCGUUUUCGAACGAAAUUCCGGGCGUCAAACCGGUUGCCUUCGGGGACGAGUACAGUCUGAUGCAGGAGCUGGGCCGCGGGACCUUUUCCAUUUGCCGCAUGUGCGAGCAUCGCACGACGAAGAAGCACUACGCGGUGAAGAUCAUCGACAAGUCGUACCACGAUUGCCGCGAAGAGGUGGAAAUUCUGCUCCGAUACGGCAACCAUCCAAACAUUGUGACCCUGUACGGUGUGCACGAAGACGCGAGCUACGUAUACCUGGUGAUGGAGCUGCUGAAGGGAGGCGAACUGCUGGACCGCAUUCUGGCCAUACACUACAUGUCCGAACAGGAGGCCAGUGCCGUGUUGCGCACGGUCGUGUCGGCCGUCGCUUACCUGCACGAGCAUGGCGUCGUCCAUCGCGACCUUAAACCGUCAAAUUUGCUUUACGCAUCCAUCAACCACACGCCGGAUUCGCUGAAACUUUGCGAUCUCGGCUUCGCGAAGCAACUGCGGGCCGAUAAUGGGCUGCUGAUGACACCCUGCUAUACGGCGAACUUCGUGGCCCCGGAGGUGCUGAAGAAGCAGGGCUACGAUCUGGCCUGUGACAUCUGGUCGCUGGGCGUGCUGCUUUACAUUAUGCUCGAGGGUAAGACCCCGUUCGCUAGUACACCGAACGACUCGCCGGAUAUGAUCCUCGCACGAAUCGGCUCGGGAAAGGUGGACCUCGAAACUGGCAAAUGGCCAACGAUAUCGGAAGAAGUGAAAGACUUGCUCCGUCAGAUGCUGCACAUUGUGCCGCAGCGGCGUCCGACGGCGGCCCAGAUCCUGCGGCAUACGUGGCUGUCGCGCUUGGGCACGCGGCCAACCUACCACACAAUGGCCACCCAGUAUGCCGCCAGUGACCGGCUAACGAUUGUAGAGCAACCGCCGGUGGGCAAGACGAGCGAAAGCACCGCGGAAGCCAUCAAGGGGGCCGUUCAUGCCACCUUCCGAGCGAUUUCCUCACCACAAGCGGCGAACCUUGGCCCGGUCGGAAUGUCCGACCUGGCGCGAAGACGAAUGGACAAGUUGAACCACUCGUAAUGGGGUGUCUUCUGAAGAGGAGAGUUAGAAGAUUGUUUUUGGACCAUUCUAUUGCAGUCCAUCUGAUACAAUAUCUAAAAGAUUUUUGUUUUAAAUUUAGACAACAUUGUGCCAGGAUCGUGUUUACUGUUAAGUGAGCAGAGUGUUUGUACGGAAACGACAGUGGAACCGUGUAAUGAUCAACAAUCCGCAUUAAUAGUAAGCAUAAAAAGCAGUGACAUUUUCGUAAAGUGCAGUUUCGAACUCAUCGUUUAAAACCGUGACUGGAAGGUGGCGGCUGGCGCGUUACAUGAAUAACUAUCCCGCCAUGAUCAUUGUUUUGUAGAUUUUGUUUUCGUUGCGUUUUGUUGUCCGUCGAUAGGAAUAAUUUGUUUUUCUUAUUUAAGUUGUUUUAUAAACUGAUUGUUUGCCCCAUUACAAAUCCUUUCCAGUGUACAUUUUGCGCCCAACUAGAACAAUGCAUAUAUUGAACCAAUAGUAUUAUGGAACCAGUUCCCCUGUAAGGCAAAAGCAGGAAACUCAAACCAGCAAACAAACGGAAUCGUGCACUCCAUGUUUAUUGUAAUCAUUUGCAAAAUCAAGAUAAUGUUUUAUUUGUUAAACAAACCGAAAUCAUCCGUAACGAGAAAAGAAAGAAAACGCUAACGGAGUAAGAGUAAUAAAACAGCCACCUGACACUUUUUGUAGAGAGAACUGUGGUCCGAUCGGAACAGUGGCACGGAAUGAUUUGAAAAAAAGGAAACGCUCGCUAAAACGUGUGCGUGGAUUAAAUAGCAAGAAGAGAAGUCUAUCGAUAUCUCCCCCCCUGGACCGGGAUUGUGUGCCAUAUUGGAAGCGCAAAAGUGCGAAUCAAGAAAACAACGGACGAAUAGUUCAAUUAGGCGAAAAAGAAGAGGAACGGAACUGUACAGACCCCCCACACACAGCACCGGGUGGGUAAGUUUAUCGCACUGGGCAGGGUUUAAAUUACUAACAAUAAUUUAAUGAUCGUUAGCAAACUAAUAGUAUCGUACUAAUAUACAUUUAUGGAUAUGCAUAUACAUAUAUAUAGUCUACACUAAAAUAUACAAUCAUAUACAUACGACCGGGGAAUACGAAGAUGGGUGGCCGAUAGGUGGCCGAA